CAAUGAUUUUCUAGCAUGUGGGAGGCAGUCAUUAAGGUGGGGAAAUGGGGACCAGCUAGUACUGCCUCGCCCACUUCCACUCAACUACAUGUCCACACUACAGACACUCUCCCUUCCAAGAGACCCAAAUUUAUAAACCUCUUCAGGAACCCCCAAAAGAUCUUUGUCAACAUGGUGACCAAAUUCAUUCGCUUCCUCCCUCUGAUUAUCGCAUCUCUCGUCUCCUUCUCAAGCUCUUUUACUCCAUCAGACAACUACCUCCUCAACUGUGGCUCGCUUAACAACACUUCUAUCUACAACCGUCUCUUUCUUACAGAUUCAACGAAACCCGGUUCGGAUUUUCUCUCUGCAGACCGGUCCAUUUCGCUCAAGAACCAAGUACCACCACCAAAUUUACCUACUUUGUACCAUACAGCCAGGGUUUUCACCAGAAGUUCUGGCUACAGAUUCAACAUCAAGAAAAAUGGGACUCACUUGGUACGUUUCCAUUUCUCGCCCUUUGUAGCUCAAGGUUUUGAUUUAACUUCAGCAAAUUUUAGUGUUCUGGUUAAUGGGAAUUUGAUUCUUGGAGGUUUGCAUUUGAAGAACACCGACACUGUCCUGAGAGAGUAUAUCUUAAAAAUAGAUAGAACUGAGGUGGAAAUUGUGUUUACACCUGGUAAUGAAUUGGGUUUCGGGUUCGUUAAUGCAAUCGAACUUUUUUCGGCUCCUAGGGACUUUAUAGUCGAUGAGGGAGUGAAGUUACUUAGUGCUGAUGGAAGUAAAGUGUACAAGAAUCUUUCAUCACGGGUCUUAGAGACAGUUACUAGGAUUAACGUCGGAGGUCCAAAAGUUACUCCUUUUAAUGAUACCCUUUGGAGGACUUGGAUUCCUGAUGACGAUUAUCUUGUUCUGAAAUCUGCGGCAAGGCGUGUGAACACUACCCACCCGCCAAACUAUCAAACUGGAGGUGCGAGUCGAGAUAUUGCUCCAGACAGUGUGUAUAUGACUGCUCAAGAAAUGAACAGGGAAAACCCGAAUUUUAAUUCAAGGUUUAAUAUCACUUGGAAUUUUCCAGUGGGUUCGGAUUGUGCUCGAUACUUGGUUCGAUUGCACUUCUGUGAUAUUGUUAGUCGGGGGCUGAACUUGCUGUACUUCAAUGUUUAUAUCAAUGGUUACCUUGCAUGUGAAGAUCUUGAUUUAUCGACUGUGUACCAUGCGCUUGCAUCUCCAGUCUAUUUUGAUGUCAUUGUGGAUUCGGGUGAUUCUACGGUUGUGCAAGUAAGUGUAGGUCCUUCGAUUCUCAGCAGCACUUCGGCAAUGAACGCAAUUCUGAAUGGGGCAGAGAUUAUGAAGAUUUUAGGUCAUGAGAAUUCUGAAAUUAGUACUAAGGAGAAGAGUAUCUGGAUUAUAGUGGGUUUGGUUGUUGGCUUUGUUGGUUUAUGUUUGAUAUUGCUUGCACUACUGCUUGUUAUGAAAUGCCGGAAGAAGAAACCAAAACCAAGACCUGCAGAAAGUGUGGGGUGGACACCGUUACGUGUAAAUGGAGGCAGUUCUCACAGUAGAAUGUCUGAAGGAACAGCCUAUGUAUCUCCUGGCCCAAAUGGAUACUUAGCCAUGAGAAUCCCUUUUGCUGAUCUACAAGUUGCAACUAACAAUUUUGACAAAAGUCUGAUUAUAGGCUCUGGUGGAUUUGGCAUGGUUUACAAGGGGGUUCUUCGAGACAAUACAAAGGUCGCUGUGAAGAGAGGUGUGCCAGGAUCCAGGCAGGGCCUUCCAGAAUUCCAGACCGAAAUAACAGUUCUGUCAAAAAUUCGCCACCGACAUCUUGUUUCUCUUGUUGGGUAUUGUGAAGAACAAUCAGAAAUGAUACUAGUGUAUGAAUAUAUGGAGAAGGGGCCAUUGAAAAAGCAUUUGUACAGUUCAGGGUUUCCACCUUUGUCUUGGAAGCAGCGGCUUGAAAUAUGCAUUGGCUCAGCUCGAGGUCUUCACUACCUUCAUACAGGUUCAGCCCAAGGAAUUAUCCAUCGUGACAUUAAAUCGACCAACAUAUUGCUUGAUGAGAAUUAUGUGGCCAAGGUUGCUGAUUUUGGUCUUUCAAGAUCUGGCCCAUGUCUCAACGAAACCCAUGUAAGUACAGGUGUAAAGGGUAGUUUUGGAUAUCUUGAUCCCGAGUAUUUCCGGAGGCAGCAGCUUACAGAUAAGUCAGAUGUUUAUUCAUUUGGGGUUGUGCUUUUUGAAGUUCUUUGUGCUAGACCUGCUGUUGAUCCAUUGCUUGCUAGGGAACAAGUGAAUUUAGCUGAAUGGGCAAUGCAAUGGCAGAAGAAGGGCAUGCUCGAGCAAAUUAUUGAUCCUCAUCUUGCUGGACAGAUAAAACCAAGCUCUUUGAAGAAAUUUGGAGAAACAGCAGAGAAAUGUUUGGCAGACUAUGGUGUUGAUAGGCCAACCAUGGGUGACGUGCUAUGGAAUCUGGAAUAUGCACUUCAGCUUCAGGAAACCGCACAACAAAGAGAACCUAGUGAAGGCAGCAGUAUUGAUGGGCCUGAUCCCCCAACAUCUGGAAUCGUUCCCCAAAUCCCAUCCAGUAGCAUAAGAGCAGAUGGAGAACGUGGUAAUCAUAACUCAGACAUAUCUACAACUGACGUAUUUUCCCAGUUGAUGACUAAUGAUGGCAGAUAGCUUCAGAGUCCUACAACUAAUAUCUCUACAGUAUAAGUAAUCUCAAGAUUGAAGAUUUGUAUCUUCAAACUUCCAGUGAAAUUAGAGGUAUUUAUGUAAUAUUUUCCUUUUUAACUA